GGAUACUCGACUCUUCCCUGUCGACAACCCCUUGUUUUUCCUCCUUCUGCCCCCCUUCCAUUCUGCCCUGCAGGAAGUCCCCACUCCUUCGUCCUGGUCUUCCCGAAAACCCCCAUCUGCGUCUCUGCGUCUCAGCGUCUCUUCUCGCCUGCCGCCGCCGCUGCUCGCAUUCUCGUCGUCCCAAGGAACAAGCCCGGACUUUUUUUUUCUUCUCGCAUUCAGUUCGCUUCGCUGCCUCAUCUCCCGACGAAUCAUCGUAGCCUAGAUCGAAAUCAGAGACCAGCGACACCGAGCGAUACCAACACCAUCGACAGACAAGCCCAGCUUGUUCCCGGUCACCGACGAAGCGAGGACCACCCAACUGCGUUCCCCCCUCUUCCCCUCGUCACUCGGUCGGUCGGUCACCGCAUGCACCUCGUCCCGAGAGUGGAAUUAAGGAAUUCGCACCCAUGUCAUGGUGAUGCCACAUAUUGCGACCUAUCCAUGUCCAAUUCUUCCAGCCUGCUACCCACGACUCUCUCUCUAAGACUUCAAACUAUUAUUCGCUGAUCUGACUUGCGAGCGACUUCACGCUAUCACUCGCUACUCUGCGGAUCGGAUACCUACCUGCACACGCUACACACGCAUCCCGCCUUGCCUGCUUCAUCACUUCCUGUGUGGCCGUACGGACCCCGGAUAAUUGCUGGACCACCACUACUGCAGACCUACCCAACGCGACGUUGCACACACCGCAAACGCUGUCGCGGACAACACACCACCAACCGCCGAUAAAUCACAAACCCACUAGACCACUCCUGUCUCCGAAAUUUGACAGCAGCCCUGCUAUCUACGACUGCCGAUCAACAACUUUUGACCCUCUUCACCGACUCGCGACAACUACCUACUCCUUGCCAACUCGACACGCGCCCAGAGUCCAUCUUUUGUCCUUAUCAUCUCGACACCCACCUCCGAUCACUGCCACGCCAGAGAGUGGUGAGACACGACACUCGAUAUCUACCACUGCGUUCGUUGCCUCUCGAUUCUUAGCUGCCGUCUAUCGGCUCGAAUCCAAUAACCUGACGGCCGACGACACCUCCUCGAUCACCACGAAUCAUCCCAAGCACCCCCAAAGCAUGACACGAUGGAUCCCCCCGACCCCUUGCCGCUCCGAAUAACGAGGAGCGCCUCCUCCUCCUCGUCACUUCAUUUCAAGCCGCGCGACCGAAAGCUUCACCUUCUAGUGGCCGCUAAUGGGCCCCGAGACAUAUCAUGGGCACAGGCUCUCGUCGUCCGUCUCUCCAAGAGUUCGGCCAUUGAGAUGCGCGCCAUCGUCGACGACGCCGUGCCCCGCUUAAGCCAGACUGUCAUCACUAUGCAGAACCGAUCCAUGACACUACCGCUCGGUCCGUCGCGUGCCGGCUCCGAAGCAGACGUUGACGAUAUCGAGUUUUACCGCCAGCAGGCUUUCGAGCUGGUCGAGUGGGCUGAUCUCCUGGUUCUCGCCCCGAUCGAUGCCGACAACAUUGCCAAGAUGAUGGUGGGAAUCGCGGAUACUUUCCUCCUCGAGGUGCUUCGCGGCUGGGACACAGCGAAAAAGGUGCUUCUCGUCCCUGGGAUGAGCACGCACAUGUGGGAGAACCCGGUCACGAAAAGGCAGUUGAACAAGAUCAAUAGCAAGUGGCCUUGGGUACGAGCUAUGCCACCUAUACUGUGGCACUACGACAGCGCCCACAAACACCCGAAGCGAAUCGUCAAUUGGAACGGCUUCAACGACGUGUUGGGCAUCAUCAAGAACCAAGCCGACUUGCUUGGCCUGGAUCGGGAUGUAGACGUCGUCACCCAUCUCGGUUACCUCGCUUCGGGUGAUCCGCGAGUAUACUCCAAUUUGCCUCCGGAGAUCUGGACUAUUAUUCUCGACUUUGCCGACGACUGGGAGUUGGCGCAGGCGUUAGGGAUUUUCACCAACCUGCCCAUGCCAUAUCCUUGGAAACUACAACCCAGGAAUCCCAACGAUCCGGUCAAGGUCUACGAGCACGAAUUGGAGUGGCUCGUACUUACUUGCGACUCCACCUCUAUUUGCAAAAAGCUGCUUCAGUCGCCGCCUACCUUCCACGAACUCCCAGCGCUCGUCAUUAAGCUUCUUAUCCGCUUCUCGCUGAUCGAAGUGCUUACCUGGAUGGAAGCCAACCGCCCUGAUCUCUUCCAGGCUUUCGACGGCAAGGUCCUCGCGACCAAGGCUUCCGCAUACUUUGGACGCCCUGACGUCCUUGAUUACUGGAAGGAGAGCCGAUAUUUCCGUGGUCGCCACCAACAGUGCUACGAUGCUGAAGUCCUUGAUGGUGCGUCCAAAAACGGCCAUAUACAGAGCCUGGACUGGUGGUGGCGGCGCUCCGGCUUACCGCUCCGCUUUACCGAGGCUGCUCUCGAGCAGGCCAGUGGAAAAGGUCAUCUUCUCGUGCUCGAAUGGUGGCGUGAUGCCGCUGCCCAGGACGAGAAUAUUGUGCUUAGACCUGGAAAGUCGCUGUUGUGGGCCGCCCAGCACGGCCAGGUUGACGUCAUACGUUGGUGGGUGGCCUCUGGCAUUCCUGUUGCCAAUGGAGACGGCGUAGCAAAGAUUGCUUCACGAUGGGGUCAGGUCGGCGUUCUCGAACUUUGGAGGAAGCUAAAGGGUGACGACAAGCUCGCUUUCGAUGGCGAGGUCCUCGUUCAACCCACAAUCCAUCAGCACAUUGGGGUUCUGGAGUGGUGGCGCAAGUUCGCGUAUGGCGAGCUUGAAGGAAUGGAAGGGCGGAAACACCGUGUCGAAUACCGAACCUGCGAUAUCGAAGAGGCCUUGGAGGACAGUAUCGGUGAUCAAGAGCCAGUGCGGAAGUGGUGGGCCAGCAACGGGCUCAACCUGAGCAUUCGUAAUCUUGAGUGGAUGAGGCCCAGGUAUCUGUAGGACUAUUAUGACACAUUUGCGGGCGUAGGCAGCAUUGCUUGGGUAGCACUACACAUGGCGCCUGGACGUUUCUAGCAUCAACAUGGGCUCGAAAAAGUUUGGCGUUUACCGGGAUUUUCUAGGCGUAUGGGAGCGAUACAUGAUUAGGGGA